AUGGACAGGCUCGCGAAGCCGGACGUGACCGAGGUCGAAUUGACAUUCAAGAAGGGCCAGAAGUGCACCAAGACGUUCCGGGUAAGCAACCUCAUGCACACCAUGUCUGUGGCAAUCUCCCUGUCCACCACCAACCCUUCCCUCUUCAGCUUCAACCAGCCUUACUCCAUAAUCCCACCUCUGUCUUCCGCAUCCUACACACUUGUCUCCGCCCAGUCUGACCGCCCGGCCCUGUCGUCGCCCCCUGAUUUUAUCACCGUCCUAUCUUCCAUUCUUCCCACCGGGAAAGCCCACCAGGACGACCUCCGCCGCCUGUUCUCGCGGCCUGGCCCCCAUGUCUUCAAGGAUGCCACCAUACCGAUUGCCUUCGUUGGCCUCCAGGUGAUCGAAUUCCUCAUCAAACAGAACACCCAGAUCAGAGAGACCGAUUUGUUGCUGAAGAAGGCGAUUCCUGGGUGUGACAAGUCCCAGCUCACCAAGCUUUUGAAGUACGCAAUCACGUGCGGCGAUGCGGCAAUCGUGGCGAGCCUGAUCGAUGGCGGGGCUGACGUUAACAAUGUAAAUCCCGACAGAACAUCCUUGAUAAGCCUGGCAAUUGAAGCCGGAAAUCUUGAGAUUCUGAAAAUCCUGAUAGCUUCAGGUUCUUCAGUCAGCAAAAACAACGAACACACUGAGCACAUCCUCCACAAGGCAGCGGUGAUGAACCGGGUCGACCUCAUGGAAGUCCUGUUCAAGGCGUUCAAGGACGUCAUUGACCUGAACGAGCCCGACCCUGACGGGAGGACCCCACUCCACAUCGCAGCAGCCAACGGCUUCGUUGACGCGAUCAGGUUCUGCGUCGCGGCCGGCGCAGACGCCGACGAGACAGAUUCCGCUGGUUCGACGCCUCUCCACCUCGCCGCUGCCGGGGGCCACGACGAGGCCGUUGAGUACCUGGUCAACCACUCGACGUUUGCGAGGCACGCGGUAGACGGGGAUGGGAAGACGGCAUCCGCGCUCGCGGCGGAGAACGGGCGCUCGCGGCUGCUAGACUCGCUGUGGCAGCGGGACGUCCUGCUCAGGGUGGCGAGGGUCGACGACGUCCACGGGAUGAAGAGCUGCCUCGCGGAAGGAGCCGACGUGGACGCGAGGGACCAGAACGGGUGGACGGCGCUGCACAGGGCGGCGUUCAAGGGGCGGGUCGAGAGCGUGAAGGUGUUGCUAAGCCACGGAGCGACCGUGAACGCCGUGGACGACGCCGGGUACACUCCGUUGCAGUGCGCGGUGGAGGCGGGGCACGCGCACCUCUCUCUGCUGCUGAUCGCGCACGGAGCGAGAGCGAGCCCGAAGGGCCUGAAGGGCGUGGCUCCUCGAGGCUCCGACACGGCGAAGCAACCUCUCGACCAUCCAUGUUUCUUGUAUCCUCUGUGUCCCGAGAAGGGACGAGCUUGA